CGGGGUUCCCCGGCCAGCCUUGCCCCCGGGGCUGGCUGCGAGCCGCGGGGAAGCUCGGCGCUGCCCCACGCCGGGGUUCCCCCCUCGGCGGAGGCGGAGCUCGGCCCCGCACGGCCUGCGCGGUAGAAAAGCGGCGGCGGCGGUGGGGAAGCGCAGCAGGCGGGUCCUACGAGCCCUUAAAGGAGAGCGGCCAUCCCCGACCCGGGAGGCGGAAGAGCGAAGAAACAGCAACAGUCGCCGCGGCCCUGCCUGGCUCUUGCUUGGUUUUAUAUGCACCUGGCUGGAUUAUUGCUCGCCCUGGAGAAGAAAGAGAAGGGGCAGCAGGGUGGUCGGGACUCGCCGUCCUCAGCCAUGUGCUCGGUAAGCGAGGGUAGCAGUACAGAUCCCUUGGUGACCCGGUUCAAACAGGUGGAGGAGACGCUGGAAAAGCUGCACCGGGAAAACAGGAGCCUCAAGAGUAAAGUGCCUCGGUACAAUGCCCUCUGCACCCUGUACCACGAGUCGGCUCAGCAACUGAAGCACCUUCAGCUGCAGCUCGCCGCCAAGGAGGCGACGAUCCGGGAGCUGAGGAGCAGCCUGGCCCGGCAGCCGCCCUGCUCGGGCGAGCCGGCGGCGGGGGCCGCGGGCGCCGAGCCCGCCCCCUCCCUGGUGGAAAGCCUCCUGGAGCAGCUCGGCCAGGUCAGGCAGCAGCUUAGGGACAGCGAGCGGGCCUCGGCACAGAAGGUGGAGACUCUGAGUCAGGAAGUGCAGCAGUUAAAUCAGCAACUAGAGGAGAAAAAUGGAGAGAUACAGCAGAUGAUAAAUCAGCCUCCCUAUGAAAAGGAGAGAGAAAUCUUACAGCUUCAGAAAAGCUUGGCAGAGAGAGAGAAAGCUCAGGCCACCAGUGAAGUCUUGUGCCGUUCACUUACUGAUGAAACACACCAACUUCAACGCAAAUUAGCAUCCACGGCAGAAAUGUGUCAACAUCUGGCAAAAUGUCUAGAAGAGAAGCAAAGAAGAGAAAAGGGGAAUUCAGAUGAUCAGAAUCCUAUUGAAAGAUCUAAUCAGCUGUUAGACAACGAAACUUCACUUCAAGCCCUUAUCUGCAAACUACAAGAUGAAAACAGGAUGUUAAAACAAAAAGUGGCUCACGUGGAAGACUUAAAUGCAAAAUGGCAGAAGUAUGAUGCUAGUAGGGAUGAGUAUGUGAAGCGACUCCACUUGCAGCUAAAGGAACUGAAGUUGCAACUGGAGCAACAGCAUGGCAUAACUUCGGCACAAACAAAUUCUGAGCUGAUGCAAAAGGAGAUAUUCCGGUUAAACAAGCUACUGGAAGAAAAAAUGAAUGAAUGUAUAAAAGCAAAGAAAGAAUUACAAGACGUAAAGAAGGCUAGCGAAGGAGAUAACGAGCGCAUACAAAUGCUGGAGCAACAGGUCCUAGUUUACAAAGACGAUUUUACAUCUGAGAGAUCAGACAGAGAACGAGCACAGAAUAAAAUACAAGAGCUUCAAGCAGAAGUUGCGUGUCUGCAACACCAGCUAACGAGAAGACAGGACUCGAGAGACACAACUAGUCAUUUCAGAGUUCACAUUGGUAACCAGAACCAUAUGUAUGUACAGACAAAUGUCGAACAUCUACGAGGCAACAGCCCAGGCCAAACGGGCAAGAGGAGAGCAGCUUCACAGUCUGAGCAAGCUUCUCCACCUGCAGACAAUGGAAACUCAGGAUCAGAGGGCAGGGCACAGGGUGAACUGAGGUGCCCUCAUUGUAUGAGGUUUUUCAACGAUGAACUCAGUGAUGAAUUUCUCAAACAUGUUGCUGAAUGUUGUCAGUGACCACGUGAUGUGAGGAGUGUAAGUUAAUCACUACUUUAUAGAAAGUAAAACUUUGCUCUAUACAUAUCUCCUACAGUCCUAAAACAGAGUAAUUUAAAUGCACAGCUCUUAGGAAUUAGGAGGAUGAGCAGUAUCUACCUCUUACUUGAUUUCACUUUCUCUUGGGCUGUAUGAAAGACUUCAAGAUAAAGCAAAGGCUUUUACAAAGAAACAUUUUUUCCAACAACUACAAGGGAAGCAAGCAUAAUGCAAAUUGUGCUACAAACUAAAGAAGCUAGCUAAGAGUAGCUAGCUUUGGAGUGCCGUUUGAUUCAGAUACAAGUCUAAUUCCUUACAGCAGUCUGAAGGCUUGUGAAAAUCACUGAACUUGAAAUAUAACUCCUUUUUCAAAGAUGGAAAGAAGCUGGCUGAAGAACUGGAGGAGGAACAACUUGACAGAAGAUAGCAGGAAAAAUUAUUUUGCUUUAUCUGGAUUAAAAUUGAAUAUCUAAAAACGCUUGUGCUCAACUGAAAGCAGGAGAAGUGAAGGAAACUUAAAAGGGCUGGUUACUAACUACAACUACUUUGUCCUUUUGCACAGAAACAAUGUAUAGGGAUAUUUAUUUUUUCUGUGCCAUAAAUAUUUUACAAAUGUGUAAAAUAUUUAUUUGUGUAAUUAUUGAUUGUAUUCAAAUUUUAUAAUGGCCUAAUGGUUAUUUUUAUAAUAAAAGUGACAGUGCAGUUGCUUUACUGCAUUAGUAAAGUAUCAGA